AAGCAGCUGUCACUUGGCACAGCAAGUGGAAUCACUGGCUCAGUGGAUUUACUGGGUUUUCCACUUUAAUUUUAAACUCCAAGUAACAAUCACAGAUAACCUGUUAUGAAGCUGGUCACUGUGUUCCUGCUGGUGACCAUCAGCAUUUGCAGUUACUCUGCUGCUGCCUUCAUUUUCAACAGAUUACCACUUCCUGUCAACAAUGCCUUACCUUUACCUCUGGACAACAUUCUCCCAAUCAUGGAUCCAUUAAAGCUUCUUCUGAAAACCCUGGGCAUUUCUGUUGAGCACCUUGUAGAAGGACUGAGGAAGUGUGUGGAUGAGUUGGGACCGGAGGCCUCUGAGGCCGUAAAGAAACUGCUGGAGGCCCUGUCACAUUUGGUGUGACGGCAGGUGAAGCAGGCGUGGGCCGCAAGGGGGACGGCCUCUCCUCCGCCCUGGCUGACACUCAUUCCGUCCUAGGACGUGGGUAGCCUUGAACAGAAUGAAUAAAGCAAUGAAUAGA